AUGGAUUUGGAUAUCGAGAUGGACGAUGCCGUCGAUACGACGCUCGACGCACCCAUCGCCGACUCUGGCCACAAUGAUAUCCUUCAACCCGAUGAGCCUGAGGAGCCUGGCGAGGUUGCCGACGACGAUCCCCCGGCGGACGACUCCAAGACGAUUGUCCCCAACAAGGUUCACAUUCAUGGCGUGGAUUCCUUACACACGAAUGACAUCAAGGCAUACGUCAAAGCCCACUUCGGCGCAGUCGACCGAGUUGAAUGGAUCGACGACUCGUCCGCCAACCUCGUCUUCAGCUCUGAGCACACGACCCGCGACGCUAUUGUCGCACUGAGCGCCGUCCCCGUCGCAGAUGCCACGGCUCUCGCAAUCGGCGAGACGCUCCCCGCAAAGCCCGUCGACGAAAAACCCGAAAUUACCCUCCACGUACGGUUCGCCCUGGCGAGCGACAAGAAACAGGCCGGCGCCGCCACGCGCAGUCGCUACUACCUCCUCCACCCCGAACACGACCCUGAAGAGCGACGACGCCGGAAUCAGGACAAUCGCUCCAGGUACCGAGACCGGGAUAGUGACUAUCGCAGAGAUGGUAGAGAUGGCAGAGACAGCGACUAUCGCAGGGGCAGUGGGCGGCGGAGACGAGAUUCCGAGGAAGAUGUCGAGACGUUCGAGGCGAGCAUGUACGAUGACGCACCACGAGCGUCCAGAGACCGGCGGCAUUCGGAUUCGGACGACCGCCCACGAUCAUACGCCAAGGAGAAUCAGGGCAAAGAGCUGUUCGCCACCCGACGAACGGCGCGCGAUCGGUCGGCUUCGCCAAUGCGCGACGGCGACGGUGACGAUGUGAUGGGCGAACGGGCCAGCUCUUCCGGUAACAGAGCCAGGGCCCGCACCCUGAAGGAUCGAAUCUCAGCAGAUAACAGCACGAAGGAACUAUUCCCAACCAAGGAACUUUUCCCAGUUAGGGGCUCCGGCAGCCGUGGCAGCAGCCGGCUAGAUCAGCUGGAGCGAGCCAUCGGAUCAGCGCACCUCCGGGAGGAAGACCGGCCCAAGAUCGUUGCGGUACCCGAUGCGCCUGCAGGUGGAGCAUUUAACAUUCGGGGCAUUGCGAAUCGGCGCGGCGAUGGGGAAGGCUUCUCAAUCAGGGGCGCCGCGGGUGCGAGCGCAAAAGAGCUGUUCCCAGACCGGUUUGGUGGUGGCAAUGCGGGCAAAGAACUCUUUGAUAACGGCAGAACGAAGCGGCGGCAGAGGGCCGAAGACCUCUUCUCGUAG